CGGAAGUCGCGUCCAUGUUUCUUCUGCCUUGACGCGGGGAAGUUGCGGGUCGCUCGGUAACAGCUGAUCGACAUGAACCGAUCAAAAUAAAACGAUUACAAUCUACCGCUGCUGCUGACGUCAUCAUGGCUCUGAAGGCUCAGGUUCUUUACGACUUCUCAGCUGAACCAGGAAACAACGAGCUGUCGAUCAGAGAGGGAGAGACAGUGACUGUGCUCGACCAGACGGUGGGCGGGGGAUGGGUCCAGGUCCAGAAUGCCGUUGGUCAGAACGGACUCGUUCCAGAAGGAUAUUUACAGGUUGGAAUCGGAGGCGGAGCUUCUGUCAGUGACACUCCAGAUGGGCGGGACCGUCUGGGAGCUGUCGAAGACGAUGACGACUGGGACGACGACUGGGACGACCAAUCAGAGGCCGGUUACCAUGGUAAUGAUCAGGUGGAUGGAGAGGGCGGAGCUUCAGGACAGGGGACCCAGGGACCGUCAGUGAAAAUCUCCCUCAACAAGUUCCCGUUCUCCAAAGGUCCAAGUCCAGAAGUCUUCCUGUUGGCCAAACCUCCGGCGAACAGCAGAGACCGACUUCCUGUCUACGUGGGAGAGGUGGGUCCAGUCUGGUUCUACCCGUCGUCCCCUCUGGAUUGUGUGAUCGCUGAUCCAAAGAAAGAAUCCAAACUGUACGGACUGAAGAGCUUCAUCGAGUACCAGGUCACAGCCAGUACGACCAACAGACCUGUCAAUCAUCGUUACAAACAUUUUGAUUGGCUGUACGAGCGUCUUCUGGAGAAGUUUGGCUCCGCGCUGCCGAUCCCCUCGCUGCCGGACAAACAGGUGACAGGCAGGUUCGAUGACGACUUCAUCAGGAGGAGGAUGGAGCGUCUUCAGGCCUGGAUGAGUCGGAUGUGUCGUCAUCCCGUCGUCUCUCAGAGCGACGUCUUCCAGCUCUUCCUCACCUACAGAGAUGAGAGGGAGUGGAAGGCCGGGAAGAGGAAGGCGGAGAAAGACGAGACGGUCGGACCAAUGAUCUUCAGCCUUAUCGAACCUGAGGCAGCAGAACUGGACCCGACUGAGGUUGAACAGAGGUGUGAACAUUACAGUCGGUUCACAAAGUCGAUGGACGAUGUCGUCAGAGAGCUGCUGAACGUCGGAACCACCCACUGGAAACGCUGCACCGGACCGCUGCCUAAAGAGUACGAGCGAAUCGGUCGAGCCUUCACAAACCUGUCGACUGUUUUCAUCAGCAGCAAAUAUCCAGGAGAAGAGACAUUGACUGACGCUCUGACGGCUGCUGGAAAAACGUACGAGGAGAUCGCUCUCAUCGUCGCUGAGCAGCCUCAGAAGGAUCUUCUCUUCCUGUUGGAGACAAACAGCGAGUACAAAGGUUUACUGGGAUGUUUCCCAGAAAUCAUCACUGUACACAAGUCUGCAGUGGACAAAGUCAAAGACGUUGAUCGUCUCAUUUCUUCAGGAAAAAUCAACACGAGCGACAAAAAGUUACUGAACCAACGAAUCAGUCACAUGAGCUACUCACUGCAGGCUGAGAUGAAUCAUUUCCAUAGCAACCGUAUCUAUGACUACAACAGAGUGAUGCGUCUUUACCUGGAACAACAGGUGACCUUCUACCAGCAGAUUGCUGAUAAGCUGCGAGCGGCUCUGAGCCAGUUCACCACUCUGUGAGGACGAUGAUGUCACAAUGAUGUCACAGCCCCAGCACGUCGUCAUGGCUACAUGCUUAACAAAAUAAACAGAGUGUGUGUGUUUACUGUAACAGACGAAGUUUUGGUCUCUGAUUGAUCUGUCAUCAUUAUUGUCUCUUUGUAUUUUCAAUAAACCUUAUUUUAAUGAUC